CCCGUGACGUGUUUCCGGUGACCAGCGCGUGGAGCUUCCGGCGCUUGGUGCUUUGUGUUACUGAGACCCUGACGGAGCUGCCGACGAGUUGUGAAUUGUCACAGAGUGCAGGAUAUUCCAUCACGCUCCGUUCACUACUCACCCUGCGUUUGAUCCCAUCCGUCUUCAAAAUGCCUAAACGUGGAAAGAAGGGCGAUGUGAAAAGUGAGGCUGCUGAACCUGAGGUGGACAGAGAAGAACCAGAAGUGAAGAAAGGCAAAAAAGGAGCAGGGAAGGAAGCAGAGCCAGCAAUUUUGUAUGAAGAUGCUCCUGACAAGCUGACCACAGCUGAUGACAAGAAGUACACUUUAAAGAUCAGCUCUUGGAAUGUGGAUGGAAUUAGGGCCUGGGUCAAAAAGCAGGGACUAACUUGGGUGAGGGAAGAGGACCCUCAUAUCCUGUGCCUCCAGGAGACAAAAUGUGCAGAGAAAGUCCUGCCUGCAGAAGUCAAAGAUAUGCCUGAGUAUCCUCAUAAGUACUGGGCCUGCUCUGAUGAUAAGGAGGGGUACAGUGGGGUUGCCAUGCUCUGUAAAGACAAACCUUUGAAUGUCACUUAUGGGAUUGGAAUUGAAGAGCAUGAUAAGGAAGGUCGAGUAAUUACUGCUGAAUUCGAUUCCUUUUAUGCAAUUGCUGCUUAUGUGCCCAACUCAAGCCGUGGCCUCGUGCGUCUUGAUUACCGCCAGCGUUGGGAUGUGGACUUCCGAGCAUACCUUAAAGGCCUGGAUAGCAAGAAACCACUCAUACUAUGUGGGGAUCUGAAUGUUGCGCACCAGGAAAUCGAUUUGAAGAACCCCAAGACCAACAAGAAGACACCAGGUUUCACCCCUCAGGAACGCCAAGGCUUUACUGAGCUUCUGGCAGAGGGCUUCCUGGACAGCUUCCGGGAGCUGUACCCUGAUACGCCUCAUGCGUAUACCUUUUGGACCUAUAUGAUGAAUGCACGGGCCAAGAAUGUUGGUUGGAGGCUGGAUUACUUUGUGUUGUCGAAAGCUCUGCGACCUGCUUUGUGUGAUAGCAAGAUCAGGAGCAAAGCUAUGGGGAGUGACCACUGCCCUAUAACUCUCUAUAUGGCUGUAUAAGAAAAAGCGGUAAUCACUGCUCUGGUGGUUGCGACCCUAUUACUCUUCUUAUGGCCAUAUAGAGUGUAAAACCUCCCUUUCCCUACAGUUGUAUGUAUGACCCAACACAUAGAAAUUCUCUAUGCAACUCCAGUCCCCCAGUGUCACAUACAAGUCAGAAUGAAAGUUUAUAAUGCUAUGAUCUGUUUAGUGACUUGUUACUGGAGCUUCUUACUGCUGUUUUUAGGAUUCUCCCUUGCAAAUGUCAUCUUUCCCACAUUGCAUAUAGUGUUGUGAUCUGAUACACAGUGUAGCCAUGAAAAUGUUAAGAAAAUUGUUAUUUUUCAGGUCCUUUAUUAACAAAAAAAAUUAAAAGUUAUUUUGUUCUUACUAUCCCAUGGUUUGAGGCUCCACUAUACCCUAUUAGCUUUUUAGCCUGUUUAAAAUAAGUUACUUGUGUCCUGGUUUCGCUCUGAAACUAAUGGAUAUUAUAAUGGAAAGUUUUCAUUUUUUUCACAUUGAAUAGCUCUCUGUGACAUUUGGUUCAUAGUUAUUACAAAAAAAUUGUGUGUGAGAGAUAAACAAGAAAGGGAUACCUUAUGCAUAGGACGCUGCCAUAUCGGGGAUUGUCAUGUAAAUAUUGAGUGUCAAAAGUGAUACACUUUUGGGCAAAGAUAGAAAAAAUGUAGUGUCCCAGCUUUUGGGACCUCAGAGGUGUCUUCCAUCUGACAUUUCUGUGAUGGUCAAAUAAAAGGUAUAACCUUCCA